AUGAGCCAUAUGUACAAUAGUGGCGACUUUGCUCCUCCUUACCUGAUGAAGUCUCCGUCGAUUAAUCUGACACCCAGGCAUUCAAUGAGCGCUCCAAUGAGUGGAGCCAGCACCUCAUUGAACUCAACACAGAACAAAUACCGCAGGAACGAUAGGCAAGGCAGUCUACUGGUAGAUACAAGUGGUGGCAAGCCUUUAAACUACGCUGUCCAGAAACCUACUCCAACUGCGUGGGCCUCUGCGUACGAGGAUUAUAACAAGCCUAGAAGGAUAUGGGUAAAGAAGCCACAUGGGACACCAACCACAAUAUUAGCGCAAAAGGACGACUUAGUUGACGACUUAAAAUCACAAAUCAUUCAAAAGUACCCAAACUCAAUUGGACGCCUGGAUGAUGCUGCCAACUUGACCCUCAAAUUGGUUGCACUGGAUGUUGCCACCCCCGACAGUUCGCUGGAAGUGCAGUUGGAGAGAAAUGGUCCAAUUGAUGAUGACAUAGAGUUAGAACCCGACCAGAACGCGUGGCAAGUACUAGAUGUACAUUUUCCGCAAGGUAUGGGAAUGAAAGAUGCAAUCAUAAUAGAGAGCUACAAUCCUGAAGCCAGUGCACAGGACGGGCAUAUUUCAAGGGAAUCCGAUCAACGAUUCGCUUAUUCCAAUCAGGAGAGACCACCCCUUGCCAAACCGCCAAAUGAUAAGCCUCAAAUGAAGCAUCCGCAACCACGUCAAGCGGACCUGCCAAAACUGGUUCUACCAGCGCAAAGUUCUUCCUCGCAGCAACUAUACACGCAACAAUCGCUGGCACAAGCCUUGAAACAUUUUCCAGCACCCAAGUCAAGCUACACUAACGUGCAAGGUGCAUCUUUUAAGGACAGAUCAGUGUCGCCCUCAGUAACAGCUGCCAAAAAUUCACCCGUUCCGCGAACCCCUUCCCACUCGAAUUUUGCUCAUUCACCAGUACAAAAGUCUAAUCCACAAGCUGUGCUUCUUUUACCCAAAAACUUUUCCAUAAAUUCCAACUCAGGAGGUUCAUCAUCAAAGUCCAAGGUAUUGCAAGAGGCUAUAGGCACAAACAUUCACGCCGGUGUUAAUUCUGAUGUCAAGGCGGAACCGGCGCUUCUGGAAGAGGUCUCAGACACAAGGGAUAAAAAGGACGACGUUGGGUUUGACUCGUCUCCCUCGCCAGCUCUGAAUGCAGAAGCGGCAAAAACUGACUUUUUGCCAUCCUUAGCCAAGACCAUGAAUUCAGGGAAAAGCAACAGGCCUGAAAAAACGAGCGACCCUGCCCUAGAUAAGGUUUUCCCUUCCAUUUCGGUUCUCGUUGUUGAAGACAAUGCCAUCAAUCAAGCUAUUUUAGGUGCAUUUUUGAGGAAGCGGAAGAUUCACUACCAAAUUGCAAAGAAUGGCCAAGAAGCUAUUGACAAGUGGAAAAAGGGGGGCUUUCAUCUAGUUUUGAUGGAUAUCCAGCUACCUGUGAAAUCCGGUAUAGAAGCCACAAAGGAAAUACGACAUUUGGAGAAGUUGAAUAAGAUUGGUGUAUUUGAUGACACGGAGUUGAGCAGAUUGGCGUUGAAUGAGUUACAACCCGAUGAUAAAUUAGAUACAAAUACUUUUAGAUCACCGGUGAUUAUUGUUGCCCUAACUGCUUCAUCUAACUCAUCUGUCGACAGGAAGAAUGCUUUAACUGCCGGUUGCAAUGACUACUUGACCAAGCCAGUAAACUUGGUGUGGCUUCAAAACAAAAUUACAGAGUGGGGUUGUAUGCAAGCAUUGAUUGAUUUUGAAGGUUGGAAGGGUAAGAAGAACUGGAGCACUACAUAG